GAGUCUUUCUACUUUUAACUCAACUCUCCAAUCUCCACUCCACUCCACUGCUACUGUCGUUCCCGCAUCCCUCUUACCACAUUCAAUUCUCUGCUACCGAUAACACAGACUGUACAACCUCGCUGCGGGGAGUCGUCCAACAUACGCCCACCAUAGGCCCCGUUUCACUCGUAUCCCCGUUAGUUCAGCCAACACAAUCAUUAGCAAGCAGUGUCCAGGUUGACAGGCAACGUUGCUUUAACCUCCGAUCCUGAUCAUGUCACGUUCUCAUCUGCCACCGACACCCGCCAUGUCCGGGGAGCUCACCAUCAAGGAGCAGUCCUCGGUGGAUGCAGCAGACACCUUUGCUCUGCCUCCUGCGGCCAUCAGUCCUGUGAGGAUAGUGGGUGCCAGCAGAAAGGCCUCCAAGCCGGAUCCGUCCCUGUGCUUUCCCGCCUCGCCCGCCUCGCCCAACCCACCUAUGGGCAGUAUGGCCAAAUCGCCUCGUCAGACUGGAAUCAAGAGACCCCUGGAAGAGUUUGAUUUGCCACCGCCGCCGACGCGCACCCGCAGGAUAAUCCAGAUGAAGCCCAAGACUCAAAGCCAGCCCAAACCAGUUGCACCGGCCAGCAGCAAAGCCUCUACGAAAGACAACGCCAGCAAAGGCACCGCCAACAAUGGAAACACGCCGAAUUCUAAGAAGAAGCAGCCCAGCGCCACGAGUGCGGCCGGGCGGAAGAUUGCGAGGAAGACCGCACACAGUUUAAUUGAGCGGCGACGGAGAUCGAAGAUGAAUGAGGAGUUUGCUACGCUUAAGGACAUGAUCCCAGCCUGCCAGGGUCAGGAUAUGCAUAAGCUCGCUAUCUUGCAGGCAAGCAUUGACUACGUCAACUACCUCGAGCAGUGCAUCUUAGAUUUGAAGACUGCGGCUGGUGCUCCAGCACGAAAGUCUCCAACUAUCCCGCCAGCCCCGCCCUCUCCAACAUCCCCCGAAGCUCUCGGGCCGGCCGAGUCAGGACCCUCAUCCCCAGAUUCCGUCUCUCCAGCACUGCUCCCAACCGAGGCCUCGACCUCCAACGCGACCUCGCCGAUCUUUUCUGCACAACCGUUCACGCCGGUCCCUGGCUCAGUCCCCGACUUCCGAUGUUCUUUCGCCGCAUUCUCUGUCCCGGAACCAGUCCAGCCCUCUCCAGAGACGACCCGCUCGGCACGUGGCUCGUGGGUGGCAUCGUCGGCCAGCACCUCGCCGGGGUUGGGACCGCAGUACCCCAUCGCAUCUCCCGCCGAUGUCGACCAUGAAGCGUCGGCUGCUUUGCUGAUGCUGAACCGUGACUGCCGGGGCUCCGUCGGCUCAGCUCACGAUGCGCGAGCACCCUCUGUACAGCCUGCACGGAGAGAAGGAUCCAACCAGGGACAAUAUCCGCAGAGGAAACUGGGCAUGAGUGUCAUGGAUCUGCUCAUACCAUAAACUAUACUCUUUCCUUGGGGUUUUCGUGGCGUAAAAUUUUUCUUUCUUUUGUGUGAAUAGCGUUGUCAACAACAGCAGGCAGAGACCGGAUGGCGUUGCUCAGGUGAUUAUUGUUUUGUUCUAUAGAUGCAGGCCGAGGAGUAUCGGUAAGAAUGGUUAUGUCGCUCAUGAAUGAAUUGAUACGGCUAAGUUACUGGGCCUUGUAAGGUUCCGAGUCCAUCCACGUCGUCACGCAGACAUUCCAUUAUAGCAAGCGAGGCGAUGUACCGUGCGCAUUCAUGCUGGCAUUAAGGAAUCGAACCCCGCGAAAG